CCGCGCUGCGCCAAAAAGCUUGAGGUUGGCUUUUUGAGCAAAGCUUUUCAUCGCGGUGGCGACCAACAACCAGCCCCACUAGGUAGUCGCAAGUGCAUUGCUGGAGCGAACGGCCGGAAUUCUGACAGCAACAUCCACACACAAACAGGCGGUUAAUAGUAGCUUCAAGAAAGCAAUAAAGAACUGACAAAUCUUAAACGUAAAGUGCCUAUAUUGCCGUCUGUGUGUGCGUGUGUACGUGUAAACUGCAAACAUGAGUAAACAACUGGCGCGUCGCGUGGGCCAAGCCAACAAAUUCCUGAAGGUGGCCUCAGCGAAUGCGGCUGCCACCCACAACAACUAUUUCACCUAUGUGCGUGAAUUGUCGCAUCCGAUUGACCGCGAGCCCCCGAUAGUGCCGGUCGAGGAGGCGGUCUCUUGUAUCAAAUCUGGAGACACUGUGUUCGCUGGAGGCGCAGCCGCCACACCUGUGGCCCUCCUCAAUGCCAUGACCCUGCACGGCAAAUGCAAUAACCUGAAGGACAUCACUGUCUGCCACAUGCACACCGAGGGUCCGGCUGAGUACUGCAAGCCAGAAUAUUCAGAUAUUUUCCGCACGAACUCAUUCUUCAUGGGCGGCAAUGUGCGCAAGGCGGUGGCUGACGGUCGUGGCGACAAUAUGCACAUCUUCUUGCACGAAAUCCCCCAGCUCUUCUACAAGAAGAUAGUUGAACCCGAUGUGGCGUUGAUCCAUGUGUCGCCACCAGACAAUCAUGGUUUCUGCUCACUGGGCACCAGUGUUGACUGCGUCCGUGCUGCUCUGCUGCACUCCAAGAAGAUUGUCGCUCAAAUCAAUCCCAAAAUGCCGCGCACAUUUGGCGAUGCCAUCAUUCACAAGUCGCACUUCGACUUCGCUAUUGAGACCAACGACGAUUUGCCCCAGCAUGGCACGGGAAAGCUGUCCGAAGUUGAGCAGAAGAUUGGCAAGAAUAUUGCCGAGAAUCUGGUGAAGGAUGGCGCUACGCUUCAGAUGGGCAUUGGCAGCAUCCCCGAUGCUGUACUGGCUGCUCUGCACAAUCAUAAGGAUCUCGGCAUUCACUCCGAGAUGUUUGCCAACGGUGUCGUGGAACUCGUCAAGAAGGGUUGCGUCACCAACAGCCGGAAGAAGAUGCAUCAGGGUCGCAUUGUUGGCUCCUUCCUGAUUGGCGAUCAGGCGCUCUAUGACUUUGUCAACAACAAUCCCUUUAUCGAGAUGUACGCCAUUGAUUAUGUGAACAAUACCAGCAUUGUGAAGCAACAGCCCCAAAUGACAGCCAUCAAUAGCUGCAUCGAGGUUGACCUAACCGGUCAGGUGUGCUCCGACUCCAUUGGUACGCGCUUCUUCUCUGGCUUCGGCGGCCAAGUUGAUUUCAUUCGCGGCGCUGCCGAAGGUCUUGACGGCAAAGGAGUGCCCAUCAUUGCCAUGCCCUCGACCACCAAGAAUGGCGAGAGCAAAAUAGUGCCUGUCCUAAAGCCCGGCGCCGGAGUUGUCACCUCUCGUGCCCACGUCCAUUACGUCGUCACCGAGCACGGAAUUGCCUCGUUGUUCGGCAAGAAUGUGCGCCAGCGUAUGCAUGCGCUGAUCCAGAUUGCGGCUCCCGAACAUCGUGAGGCAUUGGAGAAGGCGUGCCAUGAACGCCUGAAGGUCAAGCCCUCGCCCUAAGCAACCAAUACCGAGAAGGACACCUAUAAUCUUCAAACUCACACACACCAGGCAACGGCGGCAUCUUAAGAACUGGUAGUCGGCAAACCAAUUUCAGUGCAGCAAGAAGAAGCAGACCUUUAAAGCAGCAUUCCCGGAAUUGUUUGCCAACUAAUUUGAUAGAACUGCGAUUAUGAUUAUAUCCUUUAGAUUUAACACGGCGAAUCAACAAAUUAUUGCUAAAUAAAACCAAAUUGUGAAAAUAAUGAAUAGAACGUUAAACCAGAAUCCAACUAAAAUAAACCAUGUUGUACCAAUGCUAUGGUAACUACA